GGACGAAGCGAGACCGGCUGGGACGUGUGAAACUGUGCCAGGCGGCGGGUCGGUCAUGGCGGCCGGGCUCGUGCUACUGACGCUGGGGCUCUGCGCCCUUGGAGGCGCCUCGGCAGCAGCUGGCUUUAUAAAGUCACCUCUCUCUCAAAAGAAACUGACAGAGGAAAGUGUGGAACUGCACUGUGAGGCCAUUGGCAACCCCAUCCCUGAAAUCCAGUGGUGGUUUGAAGGAGCUGACCCCAAUGGUACCGCCAUACAGCUGUGGGAUGGCGCCUGGCAGAACCGGGUCCAAAUCAGCGCGACCUACCAGCAUCACUCCUCAAGCACUAUCGCCAUCACUAACCUCAUGAUCGAAGACUCUGGCACCUACGAAUGCUGGGCCAGCAACGACCCCGACCGUAACCACUUGUCGAAGAGCCCCAAAGUCAAAUGGAUCCGUUCCCAGGCGAACGUCAUUGUCACUAAGCGGGCCAAAAUUUCAACCUCUCCUGAAGUAACUGCUGGCUCAAAUGUGAUCAUUUCAUGUAACAUAAGUGAAGCAUCAACACCUAUCAAAGGCAAUUACUGGAUGAAAGGGGAGACAAAGCUUGAUUCCAAUACCACCGCUCUGGAUUUUACCUCCUACAUGAUCCCCAAAGUGGACUACGAAAGCUCGGGAGAGUACCACUGCAUCUUUGACACCAGUCCCCUCACAAAAGGAACGGUGCUCGUGAAAGUUGCUCCCAAUGUGGUGGCCUAUAAGAAGACGGAGCACGGAAGCGAAGGAGACUCCGUAACGCUGAGUUGCAAAAGCAAUUCUUACCCUUAUGUUACCCAGUGGACUUGGUACAAGGUGGUAGACCAGGUGCCUCAGCCUAUUGCCAAUGGCACUGAUGAAAGAUUUUACAUCCAAUCCAACGGCUCCAAGACAGAUCUUCGGAUCAUUUUGUUGCACCUGGAGAAGGACCCCGGGAAUUACGUGUGCAACGGCACCAAUGAAAUAGGCACCGAUAGUGCAGAGGUGACCCUGAGGGUGCGGAGCCGGCUGGCUGCUCUGUGGCCAUUCCUGGGGAUUGUAGCGGAGGUGCUGGUCCUGGUCACAAUCAUCUUCAUCUACGAGAAGAGAAGAAAGCCCAACGAUAUUUCUGAGGAUGACGAUGGAGGCUCUGCACCCCUGAAAGGCAACACUGCAAACAACACGGACAAGAAUGUGCGCCAGAGGAAUGCAAAUUAAGCCCGCAGCAAGGUAGGAUUUCUGGGAGGGCUGAGCAAGGGCAGGGGAAGCCCCCCAAAUAUACCCCGGUUUCAUCCGCUGUCCAGAGAUGAAAAGAAAAACCAUUCUUGAAAUUCUGGAUUUGCUUUAAGAAAAGGACAGUAACAGAGAAGAGAGUCGGCCUCUUCUUGGUCAGGAAAUGUCAUCGUCCUGACUGGUCACGACAGAAGAAUUAAUCAGUGGGAUAGCUUUCCCCCAGAAGUUGUGGGUGCUCCCAUUAGCACUCAAGAAGAGAUUGGGCAACCAUUUGAGCAGAAGACCUCUGGAGUCCUUUCCAACCCUCUUUAUCCACACAUGCACCCAGCCUUCCGCGCAUGUGCUUUGGCUUGAAAACAUGCCUAAAUGGGAGGUGAUAGAGCUGAGGCAGAUGGGCAGAGCCAUCAGCGAUUUCCGCCUCCUGUUCGGGCAAACUGGUCUGAACCGGCAGAGUACCAUCUCUCUUCAUUACCCAACUAGGUAACAUCAUCAGUGUUAAAAAAGAGAAUGGGUUUUGCUCUGUUUGUAUAUGACUGUUCUGAGCGGGGCUUCCCAAGAGCAUGAAGCAAACUCCUGGUCCUGACAAAAGCCUCUUUUAU